ACGACGACGUUACCACAUGACCGAAUCUACAAAAUGCAAGAACUUGAAAGGCUGGAAGGUCUGAUUUUGCGUUUUUCUUCGAGAAGUCUAUAUGUCGGGGAAAUAUUUCGCGAUAAAAAGUAUUCACGACUGCUGAAUCUCAUCGAGAAGGCUGAUGAUCAUCUUCACCUAGAAGAAACUGGAAGAGCUAUAGCGGUUUACAAAAACGCCAACUAUCAUUUGAAGACAUUCGUGACGAAUGGAUUGAAAGAUCGACUUCUUUGUGCUAAUUUCUAUGGAACCAUAGAAUGUCAAAUUUCAUUCUGCUACUUGAUUCUUGGCAACAGUGCAUUAGCACUUCAGCAUGCUAACAGAAGUAUCUGUCAUGACGUAUCAUGUCAAACAGUACAUGUAUGGAGAGCGUUUGCUUACCGAAGGCUUGGAAAAUAUGCGAGAGCAGUGAAAUGUCUAACAGUACGGGCCCCACUUUUCAUGACUCAAGUCUUGUCCGACGCUUAUGAUUAUUCUGAGUUCCUUGUGAAAAUCCCAAAUUGGGAAUUAUAUGAAGAAGAUGUCAUCGUUAAUUACUGGGAAGAGCUAUUGAAAAUUGUGUUGAAGUCCACGAAAAAUGCAAAAAUGGAACAUAUCAGAGAAAUUUCUUUUUCACGCAAAGAAGAAUUACAUGAAAGAUUGUCGAUGGAGUAUUUGGCAAUACAUCCCGCUUAUCACGAUACAGUUGCAACCGAUGUGUCAGCGAUGAGAAUUCUUCCCAAUUCAUUUCGAAGCAUUCUCCAAUCUCAGGAAGUUGAUUUCUUUUAUCAAGUUACGGGAUUUAAAAAUACCAACCAAGUUGCUAACUAUUUCAAUAAUUUAUCUAAAAGUUCUAAAGAAAUUAUCAAAAAAAUAGCAAAAGAUACAGAUUCAAAAAUCAACACUUCCAUGGUCGAGCGAAUAUCUGCGUUAUCAAAGAUGGCGGAUGCCAUGAAUUGCACCAACAUUGAGUACAGGCUUCUUCCUGGAUUUGGAAUACACGAACGACUAUUGCUUUGUGCAGCUCUGGUACAUAUUGGAAAAUUAGAAGAGGCAAUACAGGAAUAUAAAUGUUUGAAAGCAGACAUAAUGUUAUUCAUUGUUCUGUCGAAAAAGGGAGAGCUCAAAUGCCAACCAUCAGCUUCAAAGCAUCUUCUUGCUAUUCAAAACGUAUUGAAAUCUCUCAAAGUGAAAUUAAAACAAGACAAAGAACUUCGGCGAUCGGUUGGUUGCCUGGUGCAUUGGUUGGAAGACUGUGCCAUGAGAUGGACAGCUGAAAAUUAUUCGAAGUCCUGCAACAAAUAUAAUUCAACAAAAGGAAGAAGGUAUUUUAAAGGUUCUAAUUUAAAAAAGAAAGCAAAAACACCGCAGAAACUAGAAUCCGAAGAAUGGCAAGAAUCUAAGAAAACCUCAAGAAAGCUUCGAUUUCAGCGCUGAAUAGAUGAAAAUAAAA